ACAACUCCAGAGGACAGAUCAAUGUGAAUUCUUUCAUUCACCACUCACUGCAGCGCACUUCCCCGUAGCAACCUUUGAAUGGCUCGAGUAAUAGUCAGUGCUUGGCUUCUGCUGAUGCUCCUCUGCUGCUUAGCCAAUGCCCAGGGCUGGAGGAAUUGGUUUUGGAGCGGUUCAGAAGAAACCACGCUGUCUCCCACAAAAGCUGCCGAGGCUGAAGAUGAGACAAGCCAGGACCAUUCCACACCUGCAGCUACCGCCAGGCCAAAUGCUCCCUUUGAAAGUACUACUGAUCCUGAGCCCAGGGGGAAAGCGGGGACCAUAUUUACCCUGAAGCAACCAGACUUUACUCCAACCGUGCCAGUCCCUGCAGCAACAUCUCCUUCCCAGGAAGAAAGCAGAGAAAGAAAUAUUACAGGAGUGGGAGUGGAGAUCCUCAAUGUGGCUGAAGGCAUUCAGAAUUUGGUUCAGCUUUUGGAUGAAAAGACAACCGACAGGACGGAGAGGACCGAGGUACCUGCCACAACUGAGACCAGCGCAUCACCUGCCCCCGUUACGGAACCAGGGAGUAUCCAGAACGUUACCUCUAACUUAACAGGCGACAUACAGACCUCCCUGAAAACGAAGAAGCCGGAGGGGGCAACGAAGCUUGCUCGUCUGUGGAACAAAGACUUGGCUCUUCUGUGGAACAAGACGCGCGUCUUCCCGAAGAAACCUGGGAAACCACGGCAAGGUAGUGCCUCUUUCUCAUUUUCACCUGAUGGUCAUUUCAGUGGCACCAUGUUGGUUUUUCAAGAAUCUCCAGAAGCAGGGCAAGAAGUUGCUUUCACUCCCCCAGCAAUAAGGGCAACCUGGGGCGCUUUCUCAAAAAAGCAAGGGAUUUUGUCCACUGCAAAAGCUUUGAAAUUGCAGGAAUCCCAGGCUAACAGCAGCAGCAGCAGUGGCAGCAACAGCAACAGCAGCUUGCAUGCAGGAAUGCCGUCCAAGGUGGUGGGUACUUUAGACAGCUGGGUGCUGCCUUAUGUUACAAAUCCCAGCCAGCCUGUCUCCAAAGACAGUGGAGCACACCUCAGCUUUAAAAGCCACCCCUUCUUUAAACAUUUUGGGAUAGGAGUAGCUGGUGCAAAAACAAACCAUUCUAGAGAUUCAGUUUCUAAUUCCAGUGCAACUAAUGUUAUGGAUUUCCCCCCUGCCAAUAACUCUGACUCUCUUGAGUUUCUACUAACCUACGCUGUGCAACAUAGCAAUAGCAGUUCAGGGCUUCCUUCCUUCUUACCUGGAUUGACUCCAUCGGCUGGCCGGUGCUUGCCCUUACCGACCAAGUUGUCGUAUUGCAACCACCUGGGCACGAAGCAUUUCCGAGUGCCGAAUUAUUUGCACCACGGCAGUGAGGAGGAAGUUUGGGCUGCUUUGCAUGAGUGGGAGGGGCUUCUUAAAUCUCGGUGUCACCGCUACUUGGAGUGGUUUCUCUGCUUGCUACUGGUACCUGGGUGCAAUGCUUCUUUCCCAGUCACCCCACCGCCUUGCCGGGGAUUUUGUGAGGCUCUGAAAGAUCUGUGUUGGACUCACUGGAAAGCGGGGCGCCUUCCAAUAUCCUGUGAAUCUCUCCCCGAGGAGGACGGUCCAUAUUCAUGUGUAUUUGUAAAUGUUUCAGCAGAAAAUUUCAGCAGAGAAGUUGGUCUUUUAGAGUUGAUUGGAGAUCCUCCGCCAGACCAGAUAACCAAAAUCUAUGGCCCAGACAAAAGUCCUGCUUAUGUGUUUAGUCCGGAUGCCAAUGCAGGACAAGUGGCACGGUACCACCUCCCAAGCCCCUUUUACAGAGACUUCUCACUCUUGUUCUACAUUCAAUCCACUUCGGACAAUGCAGGGGUGCUUUUUGCUCUUACGGAUGCCUCCCAGUCAAUCAUCUACGUCGGUGUGAAGCUUUCUGAGGUGAAAGAUGGAAAACAGCAGAUCAUUUUCUACUAUACAGAGCCCGGCUCUCAAAAUUCCAACGUUGCAGCCACAUUUACCGUCCCUUCCCUGGUCAAUCUGUGGACUCGCUUUGCCCUCAGUGUGCGGGAUUACAAUGUGGUGCUUUAUAUGGACUGUGAAGAAUUUAAGAUGGUUCAUCUAGAGAGGUCAUCUGGUAAGAUAGAGCUGGAAGAAGGAGCAGGACUAUUUGUGGGACAAGCUGGAGGUGCAGAUCCUGAUAAAUACCAGGGCAUCAUUGUAGAAUUAAAAAUAAAAGAUAAUCCUUGGGCUGCUGGUUACCAGUGUGUCGAAGAAGAUGAUGACUGUGAUACGUGUGGUGGUAGUGGAAGUGGAUUAGACAUAAAGCAACCACCUUCUGAAAAGGAAAGCGUGAUUCCUCUGUUGUCAAAACUUCCAGUGCCCCCACCUGUUACUUCUCCUGCUAUUGCCAAAAAACCUGUGCAGUUAGAGGAGACUGAAUAUACUGAGAGGCCAACAUAUGUUCCUGCAAGUGGAACCAAAGGUGAAAAAGGAGAUCCUGGAGAGAAAGGGGACCGUGGCCCCAAAGGAGAUCCUGGGACUGGGGUUUUGUCAACCAAUGGUGAUAAAGGAGAAAAGGGAGAAAAGGGGGAGCUGGGUGUAAAGGGAAGUGCAGGCUUUGGCUAUCCAGGCUCUAAAGGACAGAAAGGUGAGCCUGGUACUACAGGGCUUCCAGGUCCAAUUGGGCCCCCAGGACCUCCUGGAACCAUCAUGAGGCACUCCGAUGGCUCUACUGUUGAGGGACCAGGAGCCAUGGGCCCACCAGGACUUCCUGGAAAAGAUGGUCAACCUGGAAAGGAUGGAGAGCCUGGGGACCCUGGUGAAGAUGGUAAACCAGGUGAUGUUGGUCCCCAAGGAUUCCCUGGCACUCCGGGUGAGCCUGGCCUGAAAGGCGAAAAGGGAGAACCAAGUGUUGGUGCGAGAGGUCCUCCUGGCCCCCCAGGCCCACCUGGGAAACCUGGAUUGAGUUCCAAAGUGGAUAAGUUGACAUUUAUUGAUAUGGAGGGCUCUGGUUUUGGAAGUGAGUUGGAGUCUUUGCGAGGUCCCAGAGGGCCACCUGGGCCUCCAGGCCCUCCUGGUGUACCUGGUUUACCAGGACAACCUGGAAGAUUUGGGACAAAUGGCACUGACUUUCCAGGCCUCCCAGGCCUCCCUGGAGUUCCAGGAAGAAAUGGCAACUCAGGAAUCCCAGGACCUCCGGGCCCACUUGGGCCUCCAGGAAAAGAUGGCAUCCCUGGUCAACCUGGAGAAAAAGGAGCACCGGGAGAACCAGGUGAAAUGGGCUUUCCAGGAGCACCUGGACCAGAGGGCAACCAAGGAGUGCCGGGAUUUCCAGGAACACCAGGUGAACCUGGUCUCGCAGGCCUACCUGGGCCAAUGGGACCCCGUGGAUUGCCUGGGCCCCCUGGGCCGGGCAUUGCAGCAGAAUUUGUUGACAUGGAGGGCUCAGGAUUCCCAUUAGUUUCUGGUGGUCCUGGAACUCGUGGGCCAGAAGGUCCUCCGGGGCUUCCAGGACUCCCAGGACUUCCAGGUCCUCCAGGACCCAAGGGAGAUGAGGGCAUCAUUGGUCUCCCAGGCUUGCCAGGCGAAAAGGGAUAUCCUGGCUUGCCAGGAUUAGAUGGUCGCCCUGGAUUAGAAGGUUUCCCAGGACCACAAGGACAAAAGGGUGAAGAAGGAAGCCCAGGGUCUAAAGGUGAAAAAGGUCAAGAUGGAAUAGGACUUCCUGGCCCUCCUGGUCCUCCAGGACAAGCCGUGUACCUGUCUAGUGAAGAUAAAACUGUGCCUGUUUUGCCAGGCCCAGAGGGACCAAAGGGACCAAAAGGUGACUCAGGAACUCCAGGUUUACAAGGCUAUCCUGGACUGAAGGGUGAAAAAGGAGAGCCAGGAGUUGUAACUAGGCCUGAUGGAACAAUCCUUGCAGCUGAAGCAAAAGGAGAAAAGGGUGAACCAGGCCCAAGUGGACCUAUGGGACCUGGAGGGCCACCUGGGCGAUAUGGACGGAAGGGAGAACUUGGCUUUCCUGGAAGACCUGGCCGGCCUGGUAUGAACGGAUUGAAAGGAGAAAAAGGUGACCCAGCAGAUUUAAGUGGAGCGCUGGGCUUAAGGGGUCCUCCUGGCCCCCCAGGGCCUCCAGGCCCCCCAGGCAGUCCUGUACCUGUUUACGAGAAUAAUGCAUUUAGUGAUUUGGGCCCUCCAGGACCUCCAGGAUUGCCUGGCUACCAUGGUCAGAAGGGAGAAAAAGGUGAACAGGGUCUUCCAGGGCCACCAGGCCAGUUCCCUUAUGACCUCAGCAGAUUCAGCUCCACCUUCAGGGGAGAAAGAGGGGACAAAGGUGAUCCUGGAAUGAAAGGCGAAAAAGGUGAAUCAGGUGGUGGAUCAAAUGCUGCUGGACUUCCUGGUCCCCAAGGGUAUCCUGGUCUUCCGGGCCCCAAAGGUGAGAGCAUCAGAGGCCUGCCUGGCCCUCCAGGCCCCCAAGGACCUCCAGGGGCAGGUUUUGAAGGACAUCCAGGGCCGCAAGGCCCUCCUGGCCCUCCUGGCCCUCCAGGACCACCUUCUUUCCCAGGUCCCCACAGGCAACAUAUCAGUAUUCCAGGACCCCCAGGUCCUCCAGGACCCCCAGGACCUCCAGGCACUAGUGACCCACCUUCUUUGGGGGUACGGAUUUUAGCAACCUACCAGAACCUGAUGAGCAGAGCUCAUGAGGUGCCUGAAGGGCAACUCCUUUUCAUCCGAGAGAGAGAAGAGCUCUACAUCCGUGUCCACAAUGGCUUCAGAAAAAUCCUUAUGGAGGAAAAAAUAUCCAUUCCUGGCUCUGGACUGGACAAUGAAGUCUAUGAAAGGUCUUCCAGUAUCCACUAUUCUCAUGGAGGGACAGCCUCCUCUGGAUCCCAUCGUCCAUUUCAGCCACACUUACCAGUGCAUGCACGUCCGGAAUAUAGUGCUUAUUCUACUGCCAAGCCUUGGAGAGGGGAUGAGAGUAUUAUCGACCCACACCACCUUCCUGAGCAACCUGCCGUCCACCCACCUCGUCAGGGAGCACAGCAAGAAUCCUUGGACCAUUUCUUUCCCAACAACCGCCAGACUGAGACUGCUCCUUUGGCAGUUCACACACAUCACGACUUCCAGCCUGCUCUGCAUCUUAUAGCCCUGAACAGUCCCCAGAGCGGCAGCAUGCGAGGCAUCCGAGGAGCUGAUUUCCAGUGUUUCCAGCAAGCUCGGCAGGUUGGACUGCCUGGCACUUUCCGAGCAUUCCUCUCCUCUCGGCUGCAAGACCUGUACAGCAUAGUGCGCAGAGCAGACAGGAGCACGGUGCCAAUUGUCAAUCUCAGGGAUGAAGUGUUGUUUAAUAACUGGGAGAACCUCUUCUCAGGCUCUGAAGCUCCAUUCAGAACUGGGGUUCGCAUCCUCUCCUUUGAUGGGAGGGAUGUCCUGAGAGACUCUGCAUGGCCUCAGAAAUAUGUGUGGCACGGCUCCGAUUCCAAGGGACGGCGGCUAACAGAGAGCUACUGCGAGACAUGGAGGACGGAUGACACCGUGGUGACUGGCCAGGCUUCCUCGCUGGCAUCAAGCAAGCUGCUUGAACAGAAGAGCAACAGCUGCAGAAAUGCCUUUAUUGUCCUGUGCAUCGAAAACAGCUUCAUGACAUCUUCCAAGAAAUAGAACCCCUGAAUGUGCUGAUUGCGAGUGGAGGCGGGGAGUCCAAAUGCCCCCCUUCUGCAAUGGGGAGCAGGCAAGGGAUUCCUCCCCCUCCACCAUCAAUCAGGAUAAUGUGUGUCCAGCCAGUUUCAUAAUAUAGCAACCAAGCAGAUAAAUGAACAAGAAAGCCAAAGAGCGUCUUCUUAUGAUUUCCAGCCCAGAUCUGAUGCUGUUUUUUUGUUCUCGUCUCCUCUGAGCACCACUGCUGGAGGGGCUCAGGCAGAGCAGGAUUUGUAUGUAAGGCAGUCUCCAGACAAGGGCAGCUCCCAAAAUGGUUCUGGUUCUCUCUAUCUCUCCUGCCCGUAUGUAAAAUUUCCUCUUUCCCUGAUCACCUCCCUUUCCCUCUUGCCUUUCCAAACUGUCCACAGGCUCUUUAAAAGAGAAAACCAAGGUCAAGUGGGAUGUCAGAAGAUCUAUUUAUUUGCAUCGACUUAGUACAAGAAGGGUUCCCCAAACAGGGAAAGUGCUGAUGAUGUUGCCUUUGGAAGCCCUGUUAAAUCCCAAUAACUUGGCACGCAGGGUACCAUCUGCUCUUCUAUGAGGGGCAUGGAGCUAAAGGAAACGUAUGAUCUUGCUGAAAAAUUCAGGACCAAACUUAAGAGUUUUAUAGGCCCCAGGCAGGCUUUCCUGCAUCUGCCCCGCAUUACCUCAAAAACUUCCUUUUCCCAAAAAGUUGCCCUGGCAACUCUGCUGGCCCUGCCAGCUUUCUCAGCUGCUUUUGCUUUUUAAAUUUCAGACACAGAAGGAAGCAAUACUGCUCCCUUCAAAGGCUAUUUGCAAUUCCUGCUACAGAGUUUACAACAUCCUUUGCAAAAACAGGGUCAGAGGAAAGAGACGAAGUACAAUAGUCCUUAUUAGGCGCCAUUCUUCCCAUGUCCUUCAAUUGCCCAUUUCUUGUUCUUCAGAGAGACAGAAGUGUUAAAAGGAACCACCUUAAAGGUAAUUUAGAUGUAGGGUUUUCCUUAGAGGCCUGGAGGGAAGCACAAUUGGAGCAAAGUUGCCACAAAAAAGAAUCUGUAUUUGUUCCUUUAUUGAGGAUUUUUGAUGUUGUUGUUAAAAAUAUUUUUCUUCUCUGCCCUGCAGGGAAGUUGCCACUCUUUACCUCUGCCCAGCAUUUGCCACACGAAGUGAGUUACAGCAAAAUCUGGGAACCCCAGAGUUCUCAUUAGUUAUCAGAGCCCUGCCAAUCUUGUUCCCUGGCCCUGUCGAUAGCAGCCACCUCUUGGAGAGAGAGUUUGUUCCAGGGCAACCAUCCCAUUCACCUUCAAAUCCUCAGCUACAAAAUAACCAGGGAACACAUAACGCGAGUAGUCUCUGGCUUUAAAAAGUGGUUGCCAGGUAACAGUGGAUUAGACAAGAAAGCCAAAUGCACCCACAUGGAGCUGCCUUCAGCAUGUCAGCUCAAAUCCUGACAAACCCCUCCCCCCCCCCUGCUAGUAGAGGUUGGGGGUUCGAAUCAGUUAAAGGCUGUUAGCCACCCCUCUCAAACCAAAGUUAAAAGAGACCCACCCCUCAGAGUCUUUAAUUGUGUCUUCCCCUGCUCCUAACACUGGGACAAGAACCAUGCCUACACAUUCCAAAGCAUUAAAAGCACAUGGAUAUUUCAAGGGGUGGAGACCUCUGGAGCACAGACUGGGGUUGUGUCUUUAAGUGCUUCGUUCCCCUAUAAAAGCAUGGCUGGAUUCCUGACCUUGACUGCAGCCAUUUUUAAAAGCCAUCGUAAGGGCAAGUCGCAGCAAAGCAGCUUGGCAUCUCUCCUCUGCGUGUAGACUUAACUGCUAUGGAAUGUCUGAUCCACAUCACCGGUCUUGCAUUUUGGUGCCCAAAACUCAAGCCAGGCUGAUGCUUGCUCCAUAUCCAUCCAUUUGAGUUGGUUUUUAAAAACCAAGGUGCUAAAUUCCUACCUAAGCUUUGUUUUUAUUGUCCUAAUAAAAUGUUAUUACUGCGGUGGAGAAAAUCCGUGCAAGUCAUACAGUCAGUUUUCUUACUGUCUACUGUAUUUUGUGACAUUUUAAUGCAGUUUUAAAAGCCUGUGGACCUUUAUAUCUUUGUCAAUUGCGUGUUGUGUAUUAUAAACUGUUUUCUAAAGGCACUGAAUAAAGGAAAGUAUCCUCCUGA